GGCCGAAGGCGGGGCAGGGCGUGGUGGGAAGCCAAGUCUGCAGUUGCCGCCGCGGCUCCCGGGGCAGGAUAGCCCCUGGGCUCCCCUUAGCCGCUUCGUCAUGGCGGGCCCGGGCCCGGGCGCGGCGCUAGAGUCCCCGCGGCAGCUACUGGGCCGCGUGCGCUUCCUGGCAGAGGCAGCGCGGAGCCUCCGCGCCGGACGGCCGCUGCCGGCAGCGCUGGCUUUCGUGCCGCGAGAGGUGCUCUACAAGCUUUACAAGGACCCGGCGGGACCGUCACGCGUAUUGCUGCCGGUGUGGGAAGCCGAGGGCCUGGGGCUGCGAGUGGGCGCAGCAGGCCCAGCCCCGGCUACAGGCUCCGGGCCCCUCCGCGCCGCCCGCGACAGCAUCGAGCUCCGGCGCGGCGCCUGCGUGCGCACCACGGGCGAGGAGCUGUGCAACGGCCACGGGCUCUGGGUGAAGCUGACUAAGGAGCAGCUAGCAGAGCACCUGAGCGAUUGCGGGCUGGACGAAGGCUGGCUGCUGGUGUGCCGCCCAGCGGAGGGCGGGGCCCGCCUGGUACCCAUCGACACUCCCGACCACCUGCAGCGGCAGCAGCAGCUCUUCGGCGUGGACUACCGGCCGGUGCUCAGAUGGGAACAGGUGGUGGAUCUGACGUACUCGCAUCGCCUGGGAUCGAGACCUCAGCCCGCGGAGGCAUACACAGAAGCUGUACAAAGGCUACUCUAUGUGCCCCCGACAUGGACCUACGAGUGCGACGAGGACCUGAUCCACUUCUUGUAUGACCACCUGGGCAAGGAGGAUGAGAACCUGGGUAGCGUGAAGCAGUAUGUGGAGAGCAUAGACGUUUCCUCCUACACGGAGGAGUUCAAUGUAUCCUGCCUGACAGAUAGCAAUGCAGACACCUACUGGGAAAGUGAUGGGUCCCAGUGCCAGCACUGGGUACGGCUUACCAUGAAGAAGGGCACCAUUGUCAAGAAGCUGCUACUCACAGUGGAUACUACGGAUGACAACUUUAUGCCUAAGCGGGUGGUGGUCUAUGGGGGUGAAGGGGACAACCUGAAGAAGCUGAGUGAUGUGAACAUUGACGACCAUCUCCUCAGGACCCUGAUUGGAGAUGUCUGUGUCCUGGAGGACAUGACUGUGCACCUGCCCAUCAUCGAGAUCCGUAUUGUUGAGUGCAGAGAUGACGGGAUUGAUGUUCGUCUUCGAGGGGUCAAAAUCAAGUCAUCUAGACAGCGGGAACUAGGCUUGAAUGCAGACCUGUUCCAGCCAACCAGUCUGGUGCGAUAUCCACGCCUGGAAGGCACUGACCCAGAAGUACUGUACCGUCGAGCUGUCCUCCUGCAGAGGUUCAUCAAGAUCCUAGACAGUGUCCUGCAUCACCUGGUACCUGCCUGGGAUCACACACUAGGCACCUUCAGUGAGAUUAAGCAAGUGAAGCAGUUUCUACUGCUGUCACGCCAACGGCCCGGCCUGGUGGCUCAGUGCCUGCGUGACUCAGAGAGCAGCAAGCCUAGCUUCAUGCCUCGCCUGUACAUCAACCGCCGCCUUGCCAUGGAACACCGUGCCUGCCCCUCUCGUGACCCUGCCUGCAAAAAUGCAGUCUUCACCCAGGUAUAUGAAGGCCUCAAGCCCUCUGACAAAUAUGAAAAGCCCCUGGACUACAGGUGGCCCAUGCGCUAUGACCAGUGGUGGGAGUGUAAAUUCAUUGCAGAAGGCAUCAUUGACCAAGGGGGUGGUUUCCGGGACAGCCUGGCAGAUAUGUCAGAAGAGCUGUGCCCUAGUUCAGCGGACACCCCCGUGCCUCUGCCCUUCUUUGUGCGCACAGCCAACCAGGGCAAUGGCACUGGUGAGGCCCGGGACAUGUAUGUGCCCAACCCCUCAUGCCGAGACUUUGCCAAGUAUGAGUGGAUCGGACAGCUGAUGGGGGCUGCCCUUCGGGGUAAGGAGUUCCUGGUCCUGGCUCUGCCUGGUUUUGUAUGGAAGCAGCUUUCUGGUGAGGAGGUGAGCUGGAGCAAGGACUUCCCAGCUGUGGACUCUGUGCUGGUUAAGCUCUUAGAAGUGAUGGAAGGAAUGGACAAGGAGACGUUUGAGUUCAAGUUUGGGAAGGAGCUGACAUUCACUACCGUACUGAGUGACCAACAGGUGGUGGAGCUGAUCCCUGGGGGUGCCGGCAUUGUUGUGGGAUACGAGGACCGUUCUCGUUUCAUCCAGCUGGUCCAGAAGGCCCGGCUAGAGGAGAGCAAAGAGCAGGUGGCAGCCAUGCAGGCAGGUCUGCUGAAGGUGGUGCCACAGGCUGUACUGGACUUGCUGACAUGGCAAGAAUUGGAGAAGAAGGUGUGUGGGGACCCAGAGGUCACUGUGGACGCCCUGCGAAAGCUCACCCGGUUUGAGGACUUCGAGCCAUCUGACACGCGGGUGCAGUAUUUCUGGGAGGCUCUGAACAGCUUCACCAACGAGGACCGGAGCCGCUUCCUGCGCUUUGUCACGGGCCGAAGCCGCCUACCAGCAAGAAUCUACAUCUACCCGGACAAGCUGGGCUAUGAGACCACAGAUGCACUGCCUGAGUCUUCCACCUGCUCCAGCACCCUCUUCCUGCCGCACUAUGUCAGCGCCAAGGUGUGUGAGGAGAAGCUCCGCUAUGCGGCCUACAACUGUGUAGCCAUUGACACCGACAUGAGCCCCUGGGAGGAGUGAGGUGACACCAGGGGGCAGCCGUGGGCCCCACUUGGCCUCACCUAGGCGAAGACACCUUCCCUGCACCAGUUCGGGGUUCGGGUCUGAGCUCCUGAUGUGAGCUGACCUAUUCAGCAAAACCCAGCCCUGCUCCUGUGUGCACUUGCAGGGGGCGUGGUGGGUUCACAUUGGUGGCUCAGCCCCGCACACCCACAAGCCCUACUCGUGCUGAGGCUUGCUUCCCGGGUACGUAUCCUCUGUGAGAGGGAAUCUUCCACAAGCCCAGCACAAGCUGCCAGGCCUGAGCUACUUGAAGGGGGCGUCUAGCUCCCCACCUCAUGGACUUUGCCUCCAUUUUGGGCUCUACCUGUUUUCUCCUUCUGUCUCUCGGGCUCCAGCCAUGACUCAAAACUAAAAACACUGGAGGGUAAUGGAGGCCCCUCCCCAAGCAGGAGCCAGGAUGGACAGGGAGCGAUGGUCAUCCUCCUUGGUCACCUGCCCCAAGAAAGAAAUAAUAGCUGAGCACCCCUCCCUCAAAUACUGGUCUUUCCUCCUCUCCCUCUAUACCUGAGGUAUGACCUCUUCUUCUUCCAACCCAGUCUCAACUGACAAAGUAGCACCACCUCCCCCGGCUCAGAACAUACAUCUGCUCAACAUUAAAUCCUCAUCCCCACCUCCUCCCUGUGUUCACUUCUGCGUCACCUCCAGCCUGGCUCCCCAUGCGCUGGUUCAUCUCCGAGGUUUUGCACAGGUUAAGGCCAGUUAUGUUCUCUCUGAAAUCUUCAAUAGCUCCUCUGUACCAACUCUAAAGCUUUGCCUUUAAACCUGAUCCUAGGGCUAUGUAUGCCCCUGCCCCAGGCUGCACUGCCUUCCUUGAGGGCCUCCAUUGCACUCCAUCAAAAGCAGUUCUUGCACAUGAGAAAGUUGAAUAAAUGAAUGAAUUCA